AACGACUCCACGGAUGAUUGAUUGUGUGGUGAAAAUGGCUCAGGCAAUUAGAUAUUUUGAGCUCAAUACUGGGGCUAAGAUUCCCUCUGUUGGCCUCGGAACAUGGCAGGCUGCUCCCGGCGUCGUCGGCAAUGCCGUUUCCGUUGCUAUUAAGCAUGGCUACCGGCAUAUCGAUUGUGCUCAAGUCUAUGCCAACGAGAAAGAGAUUGGUUCUGUUCUGAAGAAGCUCCUUGACGAUCGAGUGGUGAAACGUGAAGAGCUUUGGAUCACCUCCAAGCUAUGGAACACUAAUCAUGUACCGGAGGAUGUAGCGGAGGCAUUAAAUGGUACUCUGCAGGAUUUGCAGCUGGACUAUGUAGAUCUCUACCUAAUUCAUUGGCCCGUCAGCAUGAGAAAGGAGGCGGUUGGCAUGGAACACAAGGACCUAACACAACCCGACAUACCCACUACAUGGAGAGCGAUGGAGGCUCUCUAUGACUCCCGCAAGACUCGAGCUAUCGGAGUAAGCAAUUUCUCUUCCAAGAAGCUCGGAGAUCUGUUGGAGGUGGCUCGCGUUCCUCCUGCCGUGGUUCAAGUCGAAUGCCAUCCCGUAUGGCAACAGGCUAAGCUACACGCAUUAUGUAAAUCCAAGGGAAUUCAUUUGACUGGGUACUCACCAUUGGGGUCCCCAGGCACAGGAAGUGUGAAGAAAGAAGUCCUGAAGCAUCCAGUGCUGAAUGUGGUUGCAGAGAAACUGGGGAAGUCCCCUGCUCAAGUUGCUCUACGUUGGGGGCUGCAGAUGGGUCACAGUGUUUUGCCUAAGAGCACAAAUGAAGAGAGGAUAGAACAGAACUUUGACGUUUUCGAUUGGUCCAUACCGGAAGACUUGUUCGCCAAGUUUUCCGAAAUCGAGCAGGUGAGGCUGAUCCAACCCUACGUUUUCGUGCACGAAACUUAUGGUGCAUAUAGAAGCGUUGAGGAACUAUGGGAUGGGGAGGUCUGAAGAGGUAUCACGAGUCGUUUCAUAAUUAAAUAAGAAAAUGCUUUAGCAUUUCGAAUGAUGCUGGUAUUCAGUGCAAGUUUGUUUAAGGUAAACAACGCACAUUUGGAUGGAUUAAGGGUUUUGGGUUUCAUUUUGUCUGAAAUCAUGUUUAUCCAAUA